UGUCUGUUUUAGUAUUUGACCCUCAUUGUGCAAAAAAAUGCAUUGGAAUGGAGAACAGGGUUGGAGACAGAAUCACCUAACUAACCCUAAAUAAAGAGAUCACCGCGUUUUUUUGGUUGAUAUGGAUGUUUGUCAAUAUAUUUUGAUUUUGCUCUCUUGUGUGGAUUAGGUCGCUUAUUUUUCCUGCAUUAGCUUCACUUGGUGGGUUGUAAUAUCAUCAUAGUAAUUGAUAUAUUUCUUGCCAACUUUGACCAAAUUAACAAAAACCUAAAACGAUCAAAUCUCAUUGGACAAAUUUUAAGUUGCAUGCAUGGCAUGGACAACUCAUCCUAACCAAAACCAAACCUAUUAAUAGUAAAAAACAGGUUACAAACAGCAAAUCCAUCCCCAAAUAGAGCAGGGAACCUGUAUUUUUGCUUUCUCCGAUCAAAACACCCUUUCCAAACCCCCCACAAAUAUGAUCUCUUCUAUCGAUUGAAAAAAAAAAAAAAACCCUAAAAAGGUAAAAAAAGAACUCCCUUGUCAAACAAAUAAACCCUCCUAUUUCUUCUCCCUCCUUGAACAAAUCAUUCCACCCUCGAUCUCUAUCUCUACCGAAGCGGUUCUAGAGGCGGAGGAAGAGAGACGAAGUGACGCGACGAUGGUGAACUCGCCAUUCCUGAACCAAACAAAGACAACCCAAUUACAAGGUCGUAAACCGGGCGAAAGCUUCCAUUGUUACCAGAUAACCAUACUCAUUGGCGAGCAUACCGGUAUCUGGCAAGAAGUAAACCCUGUAUCUCAUGCCCUCCCUACCUUCAUUACCCAGCUAAUCAUCAUUACCUCGCUAACCCGCCUCCUCCUCCUCCUCACCAAGCCCCUCCGGCAGCCCCGCAUUGUUGCCGAAAUCCUUGCUGGUGCCUUGUUGGGUCCAUCUGUCAUGGGAAGGCUAAAGCAGCACUCGCAGUUUCUCGACGCUGUCUUCUCCAUACCGAGCUUCAUGGCCCUCGAAACAAUGGGAAACAUCGGCCUCAUCUACUUCCUCUUCCUCAUCGGCCUGGAAAUGGACAUGACAACAAUCAACCGCGUCGGGAAAAAGCCGUUGGCCAUAGCCAGCGCGGGCACCAUUUUCCCCUUCUUGAUCGGUGUAGCCUCCUACUACCUCCUCCUUCCGAAUCUCAGAGACGAUUUCCAACUGGGGUCAAUCGUGUGGGGCACUUCCCUCACCAUCACAAGCUUACCCGUCACCGCUCAAAUCCUAGCAGAGCUCAAGCUUCUCUCCACUGACGUCGGAAAAACUACAAUGUCUGCAGCCCUCGUCAAUACAAUCACUUCAUGGGUCCUCGUAACGAUAAUGAUGGCAAUCGGCAGUGACUCGCACAAAGCCCCAUGGGCAUUGCUUAGCACACUUGGGUUUGUAUUACUCUGCGUUUUCGUAAUUCGUCCGAUUACCAUUUGGACAAUUCGUCGAACUCAAAAGGGUGGUUCUUAUAGUGAGGAGACAAUCUGCAUAAUUUUGACGGCAGUUUUGGGAUGUGGGCUGGCGACGGAUCUUCUGGGGACUAGUUCGAUGGUCGGGGCUUUCUUGUUCGGGAUAGUGAUUCCAAACGGGUUGCUUGGGCCUAGGUUCUUGGAGGUGCUCAAGGGCUUUGUGGAGGAUCUUUUGAUGCCCAUUUUUUUCACGGUGAGUGGGAUGAGGACGAAUCUGGAGGCGGUUGCGGGUGGUUGUUCGUGGUAUCAUGUGGCGGGAGUCGUCGUCUUGGCUUGCCUGGGAAAGGUUGUGAGCACUGUUGUGGUUUCCUUAGUUUAUGGGAUGAGGAUUACGGAUGGCGUGGCUUUGGGUGUUCUUAUGAAUACCAAAGGAAUUCUGGCUCUUAUUGCUCUCAACGUCGGGCGUGACCGCGGGAUGCUGGAAGACAAAGCAUUUACAGUGAUGUUCAUUUCAAUCAUGGUGAUGACAAUGGCGACACAACCCUUGCUCAGCAUCCUCUACAAGCCCAAAACGCAAUUCCUCCCAAACAAGCACAGGGCCAUCCAAAGACUCAAACCCGACGCGGAGCUCCGAAUCCUUGCCUGUAUCCACGAGCCCCACUCCGUCCCCGCCAUCAUCCGCCUCCUUGAAGCCUCCAACCCUUCCCGCCGCUACCCCAUUGCCGUCUUCGCCCUCCGCCUCAUCCAACUCACCGGCCACACCACCGCCCUCCUCAUCAUCCACGCCCCAACCAAGUCCGCCUCCGACCAAGAAAGUACUAAUAGUAAUAACCAAAUACAUGAAGCCUUUGAGCGCUUCGAGAAGGAGCACGGCGGAGUCUCGGUCCAGCCGCUGACAGCCGUGUCCCCUUACGGAACAAUGCAUGAGGACAUAUGUAGCAUUGCCGAGGACAAGCGCGUGACCUUGAUAAUCCUCCCUUACCACAAGCGCCAGACGAUCCACAACAAGAUGGAAGAGGUCAAUCACGCUUACAAGGACGUGAACAACAAUGUUCUGGCCAAUUCCCCUUGCUCCGUCGGAAUCCUCGUCGAUCGUGGCUUCACUGGUGGAGAUGACGGCGGGGCACAGCACAUCGCGAUGUUGUUCAUCGGCGGCGCGGAUGACAGAGAGGCGCUGUGUUACGCUCGGAGAAUGGCAGCCGGGAACCCCAACGUGACCCUGACGGUGGUUCGAUUCGUGCAGAGAACAAGCGGGGUAGUGGAGCUAAAGCUUUCGGACUUGAUCAAUGACGAAGAGGAUGAUGAAGAGAUUCAUAAGAAGAAAAUGACCGAGUCUCGUGCGGACGAAAGCUUUAUCAGCGAAUUCCGGGUCAGGACGAUGGGAGACAAGUCGAUCGUGUACUUGGAGAAGGCGGUGAGCAACGGGGCGGAGACGAUAGAGAUCUUGAGGGCGAUGGGACAGGGGGGCGGUUACGAUCUGUUCGUGGUGGGGAGAGGGACGGGGAAGUCGUCGUCGUCGUCAUUGGUGACGGCGGGGAUCGAUGAGUGGAGUGAGUGUCGGGAGCUAGGGACGAUUGGGGAUCUUCUGGUGACGGCGGAGUUUUCGUCGACGGUGUCGGUGUUGGUGGUGCGACAAUACGGUGGAGGAAGAGGAGGCGGCGGAGACGGGGUAAUAACAAUGAAUAAGCCGCCGUCGUCGCUGCAGUUGUGAUUCGAUAAUGUUUUCAGGAAAAUGAAUGACCAGUGUGCUGGUGUUUGGUCGUGGUCCGAUAAUAUUUUCUA